GCUCUUCUCUCCCUCUCUUCCAUCCCUCAAAUUUAUCGAUUUUGACUGUUUUUUCCUCUCAAAAAUCCAAAAUUAGGGUUUUUGUUCGCUCUUGCUUCUAUUAUUCCAGUCGUCCAAUCGUGAAUCUCUAGUUUCCAUCCUCUCUCCUCCCAUCUAGGGUUUGCAGAUCUAAAACCAGUUAUAAUUCAACAUGUUUUGGCAUCUCACAGCUAUAUCGGCUUCUUCACCGAUUGAGGCUAUCUUGGACAAGGAGCAUCUCACAUUGGAAGAGCUCUUGGACGAGGAAGAUAUUAUUCAAGAAUGCAAAGCUUUGAAUAGCCGUCUCAUCAACUUCUUGCGGGACAGAGUCCAGGCUGAACAAUUACUGCGAUAUAUUAUAGAAGAGCCGCAGGAGGGUGCUGAUAGCCAACGUAUUUUCAAGUUCCCUUUCAUUGCUUGUGAGAUAUUUACAUGUGAAAUUGAUGUGAUCUUCAAAACUGUAGUGGAAGAAGAGGAGCUAAUGAAUUUACUGUUCUCAUUUCUGGAGCCAACCCGUUCUCAUAGUGCCUUGCUGGCUGGGUACUUCAGCAAGGUCAUGAUAUGUCUCAUGUUGCGGAAGACGGUUCCACUUAUGAAUUUUGUUCAAGUCCAUCCAUAUGUUUUUCAACAGCUGGUUGAUUUGAUUGGAAUAACAUCUAUCAUGGAGGUCUUGGUAAGACUUGUUGGAGCUGAUGAUCAUAUGUAUCCAGAUUCUGUGGACGUGAUGCAGUGGUUAACAGAUAGCAACCUAUUGGAGAUGAUUGUGGAUAAAUUGAGUCCAUCUAGUCCUCCUGAAGUACAUGCUAAUGCAGCAGAGACUUUAUGUGCUAUAACUAGAAACGUGUCAUCUCCUCUUGCCUCUAAACUUUCUACCUCAAGUUUUGUUUCAAGGAUUUUUGGUCAUGCGUUGGAGGAUUCACAUUCGAAAUCUGGAGUUGUCAGCUCAUUGUCUGUGUGUAUAUCAUUGUUGGAUCCGAAAAGAUCAGUUCCUUCACCUCCCUUUUAUUCUUUUAGAGGUCAGCAUGUAUACGAGUCACCUGUGCAAGUCAACCAGGAGACUGUAGGAGCAAUGCUACCCAAACUUGGUGGCUUGUUGAUGUUAUUGAAUGUGUCACUUGAUGAGAAGAUCUUGCCAACUACAUAUGGCCAGUUGAAGCCUCCUCUAGGGAAGCAUCGUCUAAAGAUUGUGGAGUUCAUUUCUGUUUUAUUGAAGACUGGGAAUGAAAUCGCAGAGAAGGAAUUAAUCAGCUCUGGAACUAUACAAAGAGUUAUUGAGCUUUUUUUUGAGUACCCAUAUAAUAAUGCUUUGCACCAUCAUGUCGAGAAUAUAAUAUUUUCCUGCCUAGGAAGCACAAACAACACCAUCGUCGAUCAUCUGUUCCAAGGAUGUGGUUUGUUGGUGAAGAUUCUUCAAACUAACAAUACACCUUUCCUUUCUGGAGAACUUAAUCUGCCUACGUUGCCCGCUGCUGGAAGAAAUGCACCCCGAGUUGGGAACAUUGGACAUAUCACAUGCAUUGCCAAUAAAAUCAUGCAGUUGGGGAAUAACAAUAGUCGCAUUCAGAUGCAUAUUCAGGAAAGUAGGGAAUGGAACGAGUGGCAGGGUACAGUUCUACAGGAACGGAACAUGGUUGAAAAUGUGUACCGAUGGGCUUGUGGUCGGCCAACUUCGAUACAUGAUAGGAAUAGGGAUAGUGAUGAAGAUGACAUUCAUCAUGACAGAGAUUAUGAUGUUGCUGCUCUAGCAAAUAAUCUAAGCCAGGCAUUUAGAUACAACAUGUAUGAAAAUGAGGAAGGUGAAGAGGGACGUGAAACUAUUGGUCGAGAUGAUGAGAUGCAGGAGGGUUACUUUGACGAUGAAUCUGCUGAAGUGGUCAUUUCAUCUCUGAGGCUGGGUGAUGACCAAGGCAGUAGCUUGUUUACAAAUUCAAAUUGGUUUGCUUUCCAAGACGAUAAAAUGGGGGAUGCACCUAUGAGCACCACCUCCCCUUCUGAAAUGAUGGAUGAGAUCGACUUUAAUGCAGCAUCUACCGGUGGUAACAGCAGUAACAACGAUGAUUUGGUAGUUGGCGUAGAUGAAGAAUUUGUCGAUAGCAAAAACUCCAACCACAUUAUAUCCGAUUCUAAUCCCAAUCGAAGCCCAAAUCCCUUCAGCGAAGACUAUGAAGUAAAUGGCGGUGGAGACUUGAAAAUGGGCGAGAACGAAAAAACCAGCGCAUCUGAUGCUGGUUUUUUCAGAUUCGAGGCUACGGACAACGAAGACCUGUUUGCUGAUAGGCCUAUGCCAGAAUGGGUUGGAUGGGGCGAGCCUUCAAAUAUCGCGGUUAGAGGGUCCGGGGUGAACCCUUUUGAAGAUUACAAUAAUACCUCCAAUGUCGACAUUCCCAGUUUAGCAGAGACAGUCAGCCCAGGUUCACCAUCUCUACCCAACGGCUCAUCAAAUGACGGGCUUGCUGGAUCAUGUGAUUCGAGCCAAAAAGAGGGUGCAGUGGCUUCAUUGUUUGAAGAAGAUGUGGAGUUUGUAGGAGUGGAAUUAGAUGGGUCUGAAAAGGCGAUGGAUAAAGCCCUUAAGGAGGGUGUAGUCGGGGAAGCCGGGGCUCUAAAAAGAAAAGUUACACCUGAAAAAGAGAACGUGAGUGAGGACACGAAAGAGUUCAACGACAGCAACUAUUGGAGAGUCGAUCAAGAAAUCGCGGUUUCAGAGUGAAAAAAAAUAUAUAUGCUAGGUUUGUGUAUGAAAUGAAAGUUGUGUACAGUAUAAUUUUGUUAAAAUGGACAUAGGUUAAUCUGAAUUGUUGAACAGUUGAUUGUUAUUUUUAUCUUGUUAUUGUUGUUUCUAAAUUCUAAUUAUGUUUUAUAGAUUUUGGUUCCUCCCC